AUGACAAAGUCUCAGGAGGAGGUGCUAAAGAAGGAUAUCUCUGAGCUAGGCAGUGUGGUCAAAGUGUUGGGGCAUAGACAAGAAAGCACAGAACGAACUCUCAAAAAUCUAGAUCAGAAAUAUGAAAGUAUGAUGGCUAUGAUGGCUCAGAUGAUGGCAAAAUUCAAUGACAAGGACAAGGAGGCAGAAAGCAGUAGCUCCAUUGAAGGACCUAAGAAGGAAGCAACUCAGGAAGGAGGCUGUGGCAGAUCAGAAUGGAAAGAAACUAGAUCCUACACCAGAAUGCCUAAGGUGGAGUUACCUAACUUCACAGGAGAUAAUCCCAGGGAAUGGAUCCGUAAGGCUAACAAGUUCUUCAAGAUCAAUGGAGUGGAGGAGAACAUGAAAACUGAGAUUGCUGAGCUAUACCUGAGGGACAGAGCUGAUACUUGGUUCCACGGGGUAUUCAGUGGCAGGGGAAACAUACCAUGGACAGAACUGGCUACUGCUUUGUGUAAAAGGUUUGGGGAAGGUACACCAGAGGAAGCUAUUGAAGAAUUCAACAAGCUUAGGCAGGAGGGAUCCAUAGCAGACUAUCUGGAAAAGUUCGAGCUGCUCAAAGCACUGGUAAUGCCUUCCCUCCCACAUUUGUCUGAUUCCUAUUAUAAAGCAUGCUUCCUGAGUGGUUUAAGGGAAGAAAUAGUCAAUAUGGUUAAAAUGGCCAAACCUCUAACCCUGGCAGAUGCAAUUGAAGCAGCCAAGCUACAAGAAAAGAACCUAAAAGCUAUGCAAAAGUUUCACAAACCCCCACCUAACAGCUUCCAGACACACAGAACCCCUUUCCACCCCCAGAGCCAUAACAAAUGGAACCCCACCACAUCCAGAACCUCAGAUAAACCUCCCACAGACAACUACAGGACCCCAAACAGCAACACUAACCAGUUCAAAAAGAUCACCCCUAGUGAGUUCAACCUAAGGAGGGAGAAAGGAUUAUGUUAUAAAUGUGCUGAACCAUACACACUUGGCCACGUAUGUAAACAAUCCCACAUCCAUCUUCUGCUAGCACAUGAUGACAGUGAGAACCCUGUGACCAGUGAGGGAGGGAAGGAGGCUGAAUCUGAAGUUUUCUGCGAUUGCAUUGAGGGCCAAAUUGGGGAUGAACAUAUGGAAAUCUCCAUCAAUGCUUUAGCAGGGGGUAGUGAGCACAAAACUAUUAGACUAAAGGGGUUAAUAAAAGGGAGAACUAUCACUGCACUUAUUGACAGUGGUAGCACUCACUGUUUUAUGGAUGCACAACUGGCUAGCAACCUGAAACUGGUUAGUAGUGGUCCACCCCUAGUUGUCAAGGUAGCUAAUGGGGAAAAGGUACAGUCCAACAGCCUAGCUAAGCCUGUAGUCUGGAAGAUGCAAGGCUAUGAAUUCCAGCACCAGUUUAAUACACUGAAGCUAGGGGGAUGUGAUAUGGUGCUGGGAGUGGAUUGGCUUGCCAGAUUCAGUCCUAUGGAAUUUGAUUUCAAGGGACUAAGUGUGAAGUUCAGGAAGGGAAAACAGCAGGUAGAAUUGAAGGGGGAAAGUGAUCAGGUGCAGCUAAGGUUGAUUAAGGGGAGCAGAUUGCACAAGUGGGCCAGGAAACAGGCCUAUGGAAUUAUGGCUCAACUCAGUGCAGUCCAGGAGGAGGUACAUACCAAUGCUACUACACCCCCAGAGAUGGAGGAGGUACUGCAGGAUUUUGAGGAGAUAUUCAAGGAACCUCAAGGGCUACCCCCUGAGAGGGGUCAUGAUCAUACCAUUACCCUUAAAGAAGGGUCCAAACCUUUCCAGAUCAGGCCAUACAGAUGUCCAUAUAUUCAAAAGACUGAGAUUGAGAAGCUGGUGCGAGAAAUGUUGGAAAAUGGUAUCAUUCAGCACAAUACCAGUCCCUUUGCAUCCCCUGUACUUCUGGUAAAAAAGAAGGAUGGCACCUGGAGAUUCUGUGUUGAUUAUAGGCAGCUAAAUGAGCUGACAGUCAAAAACAAAUACCCUAUACCCCUUAUUGAUGAACUUUUGGAUGAAUUGACAGGUUCCAAAUACUUCACCAAGAUAGAUUUGAGGGCAGGCUACUUCCAGAUCAGAGUGAAAGCAGCAGACAUUUCCAAGACUGCAUUUAGAACCCAUCAAGGGCUCUACGAGUUCAAGGAACAUUUGAAGCAUGUUACAGAAGUCUUGGACAUUCUCAGGAAACACCAACUGUAUGCCAAAAGGAGCAAAUGUGCCUUUGGCCAAACACAGGUGGAGUACCUGGGACACAUCAUAACUGCUGAAGGAGUAAAAGCUGACCCUGAGAAGAUUGAAGGUAUGGUGAAAUGGCCUAAACCAGGAAAUGUGAAACAGCUGAGAGGGUUCCUAGGCCUGACAGGAAAGACAGCUUCCAUUGGGGAACAGAAGCAGAGGAGGCAUUUCAAAAGCUAA